AACUGUGUCUUUAAGGGGAAUUGUGACGUAUAACCCUAGUGAGGUUUGAUUGGCUGAUUACUUUUCGCAUGUUUCUUCCUUGUUGAAAAGCAUGGCGGGGCAGCCGUGGAAUAGCGUAAACAUUCCUUUCCCAGGUGCUGUUUCUUGUGUCAGGAUACAUUCAAGUCCGAAGACAAUUGAAACCAUUCGAGUUCUUCUAGUGAGAAACGAGACCGUGGUCAAACUGAUCCGAAGUGAGUUUCUUCAGACAGAAGUCCGGGUUUUGUAUGAGCUGCAGUACAUCCUCAAUCACACUUUUAGAGCAAACAAGACUUUCAAAGCUUUGAAGCAGGUUGAACAAUGUGUAAACAGGCUGAAAAUGAUGAAGCUGGAUGCAGCUCUCGGUGAUCUGACUCUGCUGUGUCCCACCGGGACCCAAAGAGAAGUGAGCAUCAAGACUGGGGAGUGUGACGUUCCAAGUCAACCAAUGCUGGAAUGGCUGUGUCUCAAAGUGCUGGGAGCGGCCCAGCUCAUGAGCUGUUCGCUGGAUCGCUGCAGCAGGGCGUUUAUACGUUCAAGGCAACAAUUGAAAUUGGAGGAGUUCAUCAUCUUGAAUCUAGUGAUAACAAGCCUGUUAGGUCGGCUGUGGGUGAUUUUCCGUGGCAUCCUCUUCAGCCUGUCCAGUCUGUACCAACAGCUCUUGGUGUUCCUCAGUGAAGUGGCCCAGAGUCGCUCCAUGCCAUAUCUCACUGACUUUUCACUGCCGGCUGACUUUUCCGAGUUCCUGGGUCCAUCCUUCGAAUCUUUACUCAAGAAACAGCUGAAGGCGGUUUCUUCUGAUAAAACUCACACGGAAACGGAGCAACAGAGAAAAGCUGCCAAGGCCAAGACACAGCUAACAACCAGAAAGGUUAAAGAAGACCUGGGUGUUUCUGUUGAAAGAGAUAUUGUUCAUAACAAGGAUCUGAAGCCUUUUUUGGAGAUUUUCAAGAAAAUUCCAGAGAAAACUUACCAGGCAGAAAAGAGAGAACGAUUCAACAAUCAAGUCAAGGAAACCACGUCCUUCUCAGACAUGGGGGCUCGUCUGGAGGACGUGAUCACGUGGUGCAAAUCCCAGGGGAUGCAGAAGGAAAACGUUCUUUUAUCUUUCCUGCGUUUGAAGUGUAGGAAGAUGUCGAACCUGGAGACUGAAGGAUACAAAGUCCAGAGGAAGUUGCAGAUCUUUAGACGGGACGUUUUGGGGAUUUUAUCACCUCCAGCCCACAGAACUAGCCGAGCCUCUUCUUCUGUGCUGAGGAGAAACCCUCGUCUGAGAAAACGGUUCAAGUCACUCAGGGACCAAUUCAGACGGUCAGCAGUCAGGACCUCUUUAAAAAAGAAACGUUCAAAGAGAGAAAACAAAAACACCAAGCUUUCCGCGACAGAAGAUGUAAGAAGCUGUUCCACAGCCAAGGUGAAAAAGGAGACUAGUCAGCACGAGAACCACGACGAUAUAGAUGAUAUUUUUGCAUCUAAAGGCUGGUGACACCUCAGAAUACGUUGAUGCUUGGUGACAAAUACUGUGUGUACUUCUGUGACUUUUCUGCCUGACACUGAUGUCCACAUUAUCAAGGACCAAACUUUACGACAGGGAUGUAAACUGGCCUCAGAAGAAGACGUCACAAAAGUUUCCCAGCCGUUAGGACCUGCCUGUGGACAGUAAUGAAUUGUGGGUGAGGCCAGUGGAACCAACCCUCAGCCGUGGCUGUUCUAGUCCACCAACAGGGCAGUCAUCAACAGCCAUGUGUUGUUAAAUGUGGUCCAUUAAGAUUUUCUUUUUGUAUUAGCGGUUUGACAAAUAAUUGGUUUGGAAUUGAUUGUGUCCUUAAAAGAUUUGUGCCAUAUUUUGAAAGCUGACUCACCGUCUGAAAAGUGUUACGUGCAACAAUGUGAAUGUUAAUAAACUUUGUUGCAAAUCA